GUCUACAGUGUAGCGUGGGCAGGGGGGUUCCAAUCCACGGGAGUGUCUUUGACUCAGCCGAAGCAGCCCCUCUCGCCGGCUCUGUGUAGCAGGGAUCUUUAAUGCUGUCGGGUGACGCUUCCGCUCUCAGGCUGCCCGUCAGCUGAGAGGCGUUGGCCAAAGGACAAUGGGUCGCUGCUCGUGCCUUUAACCGGCCACUGAGGUCGGUCUGCAACUUGAAAUUCUUUCAUCGCUGUCAUCAAUUGGCACCUCGACAGAAGCUGUUGCCUCGCAAGUAGCUUGGUGUCUAAUGGACUACGUCUGGACACAAAUUCACCCACCUACGGAGAAAUACCAGAUGCAUCGCUGAUGGUUAACGGCACAUCCCUCUCAAAUGUACCUGCAGCCUGUGGCCACCUUCGCUAUAAUUACCUGCUAUGAUGGCCCCUUAGAGCACGGGCUCCACCUCGCAGGACUAUUUGGACAUGACUCCUAAUUAGCCCGCUGCAGCGGAGUGCACCGCCCCCGGCGUAUCAUGACGGAUCCAGGUCAACAUGCGUGCAGUGUUUACAAGCAGGGCGACGCAGCGUCAUAUCAACAAGAGAUGGGCCGCGGCCAUGCCGGCCCCCCUCCGAGUUUCAGCGCCACUCUGGACGACGGCGCCUUUACCAGGGACCCGUCGGCCACUGCAUCGGCAACAUCGGCGGCGGCGGCUGCGGCAGUUGCGGCAGGAUACACGCACCAGCGGGAAGCCAUCAUUCGACCGCAGCAGGCGCGGAAGUUCGGGCUCGUGCCGGGCGGUGGUAGUGGCGGCAGCGGCGCAGGCUCAAGGCUCACGUCGGGAUGCCAAGAGAUGAAGGGAUGGGGAGUGAGCCGCUCGCCCGCACGCUCGCCCAGCGGCAAGCACAGGGGGCGGGAGAAGUUCAAGCGCUUCGGCAAGGGGGGUCGGCCCAGCUCGUACGGAACCAAGGGGAGCCUCACCAUCGGCAUCGCUUACCCACAGCAGAAGUCCGCGUCCCAGCCACAGAGGAUUCGUGACGCGGGCGAAGGCGCUGCGCAGUCGCACGAGGACAGCGACGGGAAGGGCCUCCUCCUCUCCUCUCCGCCGGCGUUCGUAAAACGGGCCCAGCACUUUCAGCAGGAGAAUGACACCUGCUAUGGGACUUCAGCUGAUGCUGGGCUGCAGCAGCAGCAGCAGUUGCAAUUACCAAUAGCACAAAUGCAGCAAACGCAUCAUUUUUAUCGCCCGUCUUCAGGCCAGAACUUUGGGGUGCAGUCUUGCGGACAGUCUCUGUUGAAUCACGCCGCGGACAAGCAUUUCGCAAUGAAACCUCGAACAAAUGAAGGCGACGUCCUGCAUACGCACGGCCAGGAGAAGUAUUUAAACAAUGUCCAAAAUCAAUGCGCGGCGAGCCUCCAGCAAGUCCUGGCGUCCGAUCCAUCGUUUCUCCUUGCCGACGACGCGAUCUGCAGCUACAAAUCGAACGCUACUAUUCACGCGCAAAAACGUUUCAGCAGUGCGACUCUCGUGAAGCCAAACCAUAACUACCAGCAACACAGCCGGGGAAACAGCCACCACUUGCAUUCACAGCAACAAGCACCCACGAACGCUUGCGACUCACAAAUCUCUUUAGCGACAAGUCCCGUGACUUGUACAGAUAGCGCGGCACUGGAGAGCAGCCCCGCGGAGCAUGACCUGUGGCACAUGCAGAGGUCCCAGACCCCCGGUGUUCACGUGGCAACAGUGUACGUAGGGCCCCCUCUGUGGAAGGGCAGCACAGGUGGAUCUGCUUCUCAUCCCCUGCCUCAAAGACAAUCGAUCAUUGAACUCAAGAACCCGCAGCUGACUAUGGCAAACGGAUCUCAGGCUAUGAAGACGACUACUGCUCGGGCAAAUGUGAAUGGUGCAUCGCAGGACUUCGCAUCUUACCAGGAAAUGUCGUUUUUAGCGAUGGAUCCACAUGGCAAUGAGCCGCCCGAAAUUCUGCACCAUCAACACAUGUCCAAGUACGACGUUCUGCCUCCCUACACGAGGCCAAACGUGCACCACGCCAACAGCUUAGCGGGUCUGCCACUCAGGACAGACUCGGCGAACCAAAUUUGCAAGCAGCAGGUGUUCGUCCCCCCUUCUUCCACUUCCAGAAAAGACAACAAGCAGUGGGCACACCCUACAAACUAUGGACUUUCAAAGCCGCACAACAACCACAAGGUAUCGGACGUUUUUAAACAUUACUCUGCCGCCGUCGACAUCGCGUCCAUAACCAACCAACAGCUACCGUGGAUGCUGUGCGACGAGGCACACCCGCCGCCCUCGUCCAAGAACAGCGUCUCCUACAGCCUCGCCGACCUGCCCGCCUACCCGGCCACGCUCGAGCUCUCCCCGGGCAUGCCCGCCAUGUCCUGGUUUUCAUCUCCCGCGCCGGGCGCAGACGACGGCUGCCCGCCGUCGCCCGCGGAGUUCAACCUGAAGCAGCCGCCGUCCGGCUACGAGUGGCGUGUGCCGACGUUCGACGGCAGCGGGGGGUCGUCCAACUUUCCCGACAGCUGCGCGAGCGGAGCGGACAUCGCACGUGUGCUCGACCUGCAGCCCCCCUACGGCGGCGGGCAGGUGGGCGAGGCGGGCGACUCUUCGAGCGAGUGGCCCGGAGCGGAGCACCCGCUGCUGAAGGCGCCAGGCGGCUCGGCCGAAGAGUCGGAGGACUCCGCGCAGCAGAAGCUGCUGAGCUCGCUGAGCAGCGCCAACCUGGACCAGCUCAACGUGCUGCUCAAGUGCAAGCAGUGCGACAAGCAGUUCAGCACCGUCGGAGCGUGCCUCCACCACAGGCAGUUCUGCUCGACGUCCGCCAACGCAGCGGCGGUCGCGCACAGGGCGUCUCAUCCGCGGAGCGAUGAGGCGGAGCAAAGCAUGAUGGGAGCGCCGCACUGCCGGCCGCAUGAAAGUCUCCAAACUCUUCACAGGACCAAUAAGUUUGGCACGAUCGCAAACAGGCUGUCAAUUCACGACGGCGACAAAGAUGUCGGGGCCGGCAGGCUCAAUGGCCUGUCGCUGGAUGGCAGCAGUUUCUGCUCUCCAGCACCCAGCGAAAUUGAGAUUGAAGAAGCAAAGCUCGACAGCUUGAUCUUGGAGACCUUGAACUGCCUGAGCUACCAGCUUGAUGGCAGCGACAUUGAGAACAGCUUUGUGGAGGCAUUCGUCGAUGAGAUUAUGCCGGGCAAGCAGCACGUGGAGAAGCAGAUGGUUGUGGAAGGUCUUUCAGAAAUGUCCCUGCCUCCACCAGUGGAAUGUGACAGUGCCAAUAUGCAAGUGCCAAGUGUUCCCAAAGUCGGUGCAAGCCCUGCGAAAGGAAAAGAUAUGAAUAAGCUCAAAAUAGAAACCCUCAAGCAAAAGAGAAAACCGAAAAAAUCAGGCUCCAAGCAACACCAAUCGAUUGACCAGCCGACAAGGAGAGCGGGACAACGGGAUGCAGGCGGCAGCGCGGAAUCCUGUACGGAGCCUUCCGGCAACGUGUCCUACAAGUGGUCUUCUCCAAACAAGCACAAGGGUUACAGGGUCUCAUCACUACACGGAGCACGGCAUGAUGGCCAGAAUUCCGAGAAAGAUUAUUGCGACACGGGCUGUGCAAAUGAUUUGAAGGUACACAGGAGCGCAGGAUCAUCGGUGGCCAUUUCGAAAGAUGACAGAACGCAACCGAUUCCCGUCAGGCAUUCGAAAAAACAUCCGAUUAAGGGUACGAACAACAAGAAGAGGCCUCCUCUUGGCGUUCCUGUGAACGGAUUGUUGCACGCGCCAGAGCCCGCACCGCCGAGAGCACACGCAGCGUUUAAGCGUAGCGAGUCGUUGCUGAAGGACCCGGCGACUUCAGAGUGCAGCACAAAGAAAACCCGAGAGAGUGAGUACGACUUUGUGUCCGAUUCCGAGGAAGAGUUGUUUGCGGAAAAGAAUGCGUUGCACAGAAUAAAAACCAAGAGGACUUUAGCGCUCGGGGACAAUCACAGAUCGGCGAAAGAUGUUAAUCAAGUGAACCGAAAAUAUAGCAUUUCCAAGAAUGGCAGUGAGAGCGAGAGCAAUGUUUUCCACAGUGUGGACGAUUCAGAAAGUGACCUUCACAGUCCCAGCAAGGCAUGCGAGACAUCUAUUGAGCAGAUUGGUGCGCGUAAAUGUAUCACCGAUUCUGACGGCAAUAAUGAAAAUGGACAAGUCAGUCGGCGGUGCUAUGACAGUGAUGAAACGGGCGGUCGGAGGCAAAAGAUUUUUCCGAGCUCUGUCGAAGAAGCUUCCAUUUCAACAUUAACUGCCACUGAGGGCGAUGUGAGUUUGAGAAAUCUGAGAACGUGCUUUGGAAAUGAGGCAGGCGCUCACGGAGCGCCCGCGCAAGAUAAAGGUUUUAUGCCCGGACAAGGAGCGAUGCAAAUUAAUGACGCAGAGAAUGAUGAAUCUGCAGCGGAUUGUUACGAGGCUAGUAAUGCACGCACCGGUGAAAAGGCCAAUGUCCCAGCGUCAAGCCGGAAGCCCAGUGCCAAAGAUGUUAAUUGCGAGGGAACUCAAGAUGGGUCUCAGGUUAAUUCUUGCCCUGACACCUCAAUGUGGUUAAACAAAUCGGAGAAUGACAAUCCUUCUGUUUGGGCCGUGGCCAAACUUGCUCCUAACGAUGAGACGGGAGCAAAAGUGCAGGAGAGUUUAGAGGCAUUGGGCAAGGACAAUGAUGUACCGUUCAUCCAGUUGGAGAAUUUUUUCACAGACGGUGUUGAUCGAGACAGCAAAUUACAAGAGCGUGACCCGGUACAUUUGGAGCAUUUAGAUAGGAUCACUUCUGAAGUGAGUGUUUCCAGGUCUACCCCGUAUAUGUCUCGCUUGCCAGUUUCAUCGCAACACACGCGUGAUGGUGGCACUGGCGCAGGCGAUCACAGUAAAGAGCUGAGCCACCGGCAAUCAACCGUGAAUUUCGAUGAGCCACACACCAAAGAGACCUCGGAAGUACCUCACGACGACAGAUGGGACUUUGACACGGAAAACAUCCUCUCGGACUUGCAGCUUCCUGAAUUUGAUUGCACGCUCUUUCCCGAGAUAGCAAAUGAAAAGUCACUUCUCUUAGCGGAAGAGCACGUCGCCGACAGGGAUCUUGAUAAUCAAAGAGAAUUUGAGAACUUUGUCUCAUUUGUCACUGACAAGGCCUGCAUGGGCUUGUGCGACCAGGUAACCUUGACGGACGACCAACAAAACGAUAACGGACCGCUAGCUUUUGCCAAAUUGUGCGCUGACAGUGAAACAACCCACCAAAGUAUUGACGCGAGUGCGUCGGUGAGCGUGAGCGAAUCGGAUCCGCCCGCCGCGUGUUCGGAAAGCGGCGAUGGCCCUCUGUGCGAUUUCGAUAUCUCCGCGACAACAGCAGCCCCGUCGCGCGUGACGCCGAUUUCGGAGACCGGCGGCGUUAAUCUUCACUCCUCGGCAGCUCAGGUGGACGCAAACGGCGAAGGCCUUCCGCCCGGCAUGGCCGAGGCACUUAGCGUGCCACCACCCAGCGCCGAUGUCGCUGGAGCCGAUCCUCUAGAGAUGCGAGAAAUCAGCGCUGCGAUGCACGACAGCUGCACGGGGGGCUUAAUGGACGCGUUUGAAAACCACUCCGAUGCGGACAACUUCCACCCCGACGGCAACGAGCACUUUUUCGGGGGAAAUGACGCCACGGGUUUUUCCAUCUUCGGCGAAAUCUCCUCGCUGUCCGUCGCGGCGUGCGGCGACGGCGGUGCGGACUCUGAUGGCGCAGAAAGGUUGCACGCCGACGCAAACCAAACCGUGUCGAGCCCCAACCAACAUUUCCCGAAAUAUUUCCUGAACGAACUGCCGGUCAUUAAUGUGGUCGAUGAUGCGCCUGACAAUAAUCAACGGGCGGACGGUUUCCUGAAAUUGGAUGGGGACAUGAACGAAUGUGAACUCGCGUUGGACAACGCGGAGGGUUCAAGCGGGCGGACGGCAGAAUCGCACGAGGUGAGCGGUGGCGCCCACGACUGCAGGGGCGUUAACUUUGAUUUGCCGGUCCCCGAAGAGCAAUCACUCACGUGUGAAACACAACACCAGCAACAGCAGCAGCAGCAACAGCAGCAUCAACUAAAUGAGCUCACAAGCAACGGGGCGACGUUUGCAGUUAAAAUGAACGAAGCCUUGGCAGACAUUCCCUGCAAUGACGAUGAAAUGUUGAGCCCUCCACCGAUAGCGCAGGAUGCGCGCUCUGAUUUUUCGUCACAGAGCGUGCCCAUUUCGGAGGAGGGAAAACAAGUGCACGCUUGCCAGCGGAUUACGGUGACGCAGCCGGUGCAGCAGCUUGAGGAAGGAGCGACAUCAGAGGGAGGCUGGCACUCUAAAUCCCUUCACUCUGCAGGCCACUUGACCUCUGAACAGCCGGGCUUGAAUAACACCAGGAAGAGACAAGAAAAUGAAAGUGCCCUUUCAGAGCUCUUCUUAGAGGCAGCUGUCGAAGCCAGCACAGGUACGAGCGAAAGCCCGUUCACUGGAGCGAACACGCGCGAUGGUCGGGGCGCGGCAGACACCUCGCCGUGCGCGUCCGAUUCGCCGGCAGCAAUUCCGCUCGGCACGGACGGCGGGUCCUGGGAGUCGAGCGACGCGUUAGCAAACGCUGCCACCGAUUGCCAGCCCCGUAGCGGCGUGACGGGGGCCAGCGAACAACGGGACGCGGCGGGUGAAGCGGGUGGGGCGAAGGGACGGGCCGAAUGCUGCGCCGCGACACUUGAAGAGCUUGAAAACGCGAAAGGUUCGCCGGGAGAAAUUUAUCUAUGUGGGAAAGGUACGAGCUGCCGAGAGACAGAAAAUCAAACGGAGCCACUCGACACACGAGGAUCUGAUGGCCAUCUCGGAGAAUCUCCCAGCAAGCCCGCAGAGCGGUACUCGAUCGCGAGGGCUGGAAACGAACUUUGUAGCUCAUCGGAUUCUUCCAGCAUGAAUAAAUAUUCAGAUUGUGUGUCGCCGGGUGCCCAGCACGAAUCUGAUGAGCGCGACACUUGCCAGACAUCUGGUGAAGAGCCCCAGGAAUCUCCGACUAAUGUGGCGGAUAAUGACUUCCUAAAAUGUCUGCUACCGGCAGCUUUCUGUGGCACUGUAUCCGAUAGCAGGGACUGUGAAAUGCAUGGAGGGGAGUGCAAUCAAAAAGGAGGAAUAAAUAUGAAGGAGGACGCAUUUGAUGGUCGCGAUGAAGGUAACGAUUUUUCAGAGAUGAUCUUGCCAAAGUUCACGUCGUGCGCAUCGAAAAGUGAGAGUGAAAAAAGCCCCAUAAAUGCUUGUGAAACUCAAUCGGGCGAGUCUGGGACGUCUGAGCAAAUGUUUGAAAUCUACGGCAACCCAUUUGCAUCAACGCCAUAUUCCCCAACUUCUGGGGCUGCAGAGAUAUCAGCUGAACAUCUCCAGCAGAGCGUGGGGUGUGGAGUGCAGGAGGUUUUUGGAAAAGGCGACGAUAGCAAAGAAAAUCCUGGCCCAGAUACCGAAAAUUGCUUUCAGGUCAGCACUUCAAACAUGGACCACAGAGAUGAUUUCAAAGAUAAUGACGAUAAUGAUAAGAAGACGAUCAUUGAAACUAUGUCAAAACCAGAUCUUAUUAUCACUCAUGAUUUUUACGAUGCGAGCUGCCAGCAUUCUCCCGGGAGUGUGGAAACAAUUGCGGUUAUUCGCGACAGCAUUUUAAAUGGCUGAAGCU